AUGAAGUGGGCUUUAUUUCUGUGUGCUCUAGGGUUGUUCCUUCAUUGUGAAGCCAAGCAGUUAUCGAGAUGUGAGCUGGUGCGCGAAUUAAGAAAAAACGGCUUCCCGGAGAACAAAAUGCGAGAUUGGGUAUGUCUAGUGGAGAAUGAAAGUUCUCGUCGCACUGACAUCGUCAGCAGGCCGAACAGCGACGGCUCCCGGGACUACGGACUGUUCCAGAUCAACGACAGAUAUUGGUGCAGCAGCACUAGCCAGCCUGGCAAGGACUGCAACGUCACCUGUAAACAAUUGCUCUCUGAUAAUAUAUCAAAGUCGGCUGCUUGUGCCAAGAAGAUCUAUCAGCGGCACGGCUUCGACGCCUGGUACGGCUGGAAGAACAACUGCAGGAGCAAGCCGCUGCCUGAUAUUAGCUCGUGCAAAAAUAAAUAA